UUUGAUAACGUGAAAUUUUUCACUUUUAAAUAAUGGAUAAUAAAAAUUCUUUUGAAACGAUUUCAUCCACAAGUAUAUUACAAUCACUAAACCAUUCAAAUUGGAUGCAAAAUUAUAAAAAUGAUCAAGUUGAAAAAAUUAACGAACUUUUGUCACAUAUUAAAAGUUUACAAUUAAAAAAUUUUCAAAUGGAUAUUUGUAUUAAAAGCGCCGAGAAAAGUGCGAACCAACGGAAACAAUUUAUUGAAAACUGUGACACGAUAAAUAACGUUAUUAUACUACACGAUUUAAAUGAUAAUUUAUCGUUACUAGGGCUUACAGAAGAUACUAAAGAACAAAUACCAUAUAAUUCAAGUUUAAAAUUGAAAUGUUUCAUUUAUGGAUAA